GGCAACCCUCGGGCAUCAUGCCCCGAACCUAGUAGGCAAUGAGUCGAACACUUUUUCAAUCUCCCCUGUAGGCUGUGCUUCAACCAUGCGGCAGGCAGUGCGUCCCCAGCUAUCAGCGCCGGAAGGAGUCGUAGUCAAAGCACACAUCACAGGUCGGCGGCAUUGCUAGCCUCAUACUUUGUGAAAACCUCGUCGAUUCCUCCAUUGCAAUCAGAAUUGUUUCAGUCAACAAUGUCUUCCUCAACGCAAGACCUCAUCGCCCAACUAGACAUCGGGAGGACGUUCGGGGCACUUUUUAUUGGGGCCACCAUUGCAGCUGUGCUCUUUGGUCUAAGUAACGUUCAAGUUUUCAUCUACUUUCAGACGCAUAGGGGCACAGGGACAACAUUCUAUAAGCUAUUUGUCAUCUGGCUGUGGAUACUUGAUGCUCUACACCUCGCCUUGGUCAUCCACUGCGUCUAUUAUUAUCUAGUGAUCAACUAUGCAAAUAUCAGUGCGCUCACGCAUAUCAUAUGGAGUUUUAAACUCUGUGACACGUCUCAGUCACGCACUUCACAGGUUUUGAUCAUAUAUGAGGUACAUCUCCUGUACGUUUAUCGCAUAUGGAUAGUCAGCAAAGGCCGAUCAAGAAUCUUCCCCAUCGCAGCAGGCGCGAUCGUAAUCUUAGGUUUAGGUGUCGCCAUCGCCCUUAUUUGGGCCAUAUAUCAGUGCCAAUUGUUCUCGGAUUUGAUAAAAAUCGAGUGGUCGACAUACGUGACUUUGGGCACGAUUACUGUUGCCGACAUCGUCAUCGCAUCAUCGCUAUGCUACCUCCUCGCUACUUCUCGUACAGGAUUCGCUAGCACUGAUUCCUUGAUCACAAAGCUCAUGGCUUACAUUAUUAAUACCGGUAUCCUGACGAGCAUAUGUUCAAUGGCAGUGAUGAUUACAUGCGCAGUGAUGCCGAACAACUUCAUCUUCCUCGGUAUUGAAUUCUUAGUGGCUAAACUAUACGUCAAUUCGUACCUCGCACUCCUGAACGCACGAUACUACGUGCAGGCCAAUGCAGACACUAGCAAUUCUUACCAAUUCAAUAACGUCUACCGCCCAGAGCUGCACGUUAUGGCGUCGCAAGACGAGGAGCUCCAGGCGUCCCGGAGGGACAUAUUCAAACAUCCUGACGAGGAAGGGUAUGAUGGGUGGGCAUGCGUAUGUCAACGUUGCGGGGAACGAGAGGAAUCUUGUCCACUAAAGGUUAACGAAUAUAUCACUACUAGCUUAGAAUCAACACAAAUGUAUGUAACUCAUGAGAUAAACGAGUUCUGAACUAUGGCGUGGAACGAGCUCCGCACUUGUCUAUCAGCCUGCCAUGACCUUCAAGUUAUGUAAGUACGCCUACUGGCAGACAGUUGACGCCAUACGUCACAUUCAUUCAUUGAUUCCAAUACCUCUCAGCCCACUCUUCGUCUAAAACA